CUUGGCUUAAAAUUUGAGGUUCAGCUUUGUCAUUGCCAGUGGCAGUAGGAUAAAGAAAUACUCCUGUAUAAUAUGGAUCUUUGCAGAUGACUUUUUAGAAGAAUGUCAGCAGUGUAUUCAUAUACAUGGAAAAAGCCAAUGAGAGUUUGCUGUGGAUAUCACCUAGCAAACAGACCAGGUUCAAAGCAGUUUAAUGAAAGAAAAUGUUGAAUAUUUAUGCAGCUCCUUAUUUAGAUUAAAGCUGUCAUAAGAAGAACCAGCUGCCAUUGGAUUACUUUCAUUUUAACUAUUCAGAGGCUCAUGGGAAAGUCCUAUCCACUCUAUGGUCUGUUUCCCACAGUUUGGAAUCCCUUGGUUUACUUGGAUUAUAACAAUCUAUGGAGGAAAAUGGAUGAAAUGGGCAAAGAGAUCCCUGCUGAAGCACCAUGGGAUGCUCCACAUGCUGCAGAGUGGGACAAGAUGACAAUGAAAGAGCUCAUCAGCAAAAUUUGCUGGACUAAAGCUGCCAGAGACUUUGCUACUCUCUUUGUGAACGUCAAUGUCACUUCUGAGCCACACGAGGUCUCUGCUCUCUGGUUCCUGUGGUACGUGAAGCAGUGUGGGGGAACAACCAGGAUAUUUUCCGUAACCAAUGGGGGCCAGGAGCGGAAGUUUGUUGGAGGCUCUGGUCAGAUUACAGAGAAGAUAAUGCAACGCCUUGGAGGAAGAGUUAAACUGGAGAGACCUGUAGUCCACAUUGAUCAGUCAGGUGAAAAUGUCAUUGUGCAGACACUAAACCAUGAGAAAUAUGAGGGCAAGUAUGUGAUCAGUGCUAUUCCCCCUGGCCUGACUACAAAGAUCCAUUUCAACCCAGAAUUACCAACAAAGAGAAACCAGUUAAUUCAACGUCUUCCUAUGGGCUCUGUCAUCAAAUGCAUGGUGUACUACAAGGAAGCCUUCUGGAGAAAGAUGGAUUACUGUGGCAGCAUGGUCAUUGAGGAUGAAGAAGCUCCAAUUUCAAUAACCUUAGAUGACACUAAACCUGAUGGAUCUGUGCCUGCCAUUAUGGGUUUUAUCCUUACAAGAAAGGCCUUUAAGCUGGUGCAUCUUAGCAAGGAAGAGAGGAAAAAGAAAAUCUGUGAGCUGUAUGCCAAAGUGCUGGGUUCAGAAGAGGCUUUACAUCCAGUGCAUUAUGAAGAGAAGAACUGGAGUGCAGAACAGUAUUCAGGUGGCUGUUAUACAGUCUACUUCCCACCAGGCAUAAUGACUCAAUAUGGAAGGAUCAUUCGAGAGUCAUUUGGCAGGAUCUACUUUGCUGGCACAGAGACAGCUACCCAGUGGAGCGGGUACAUGGAAGGAGCUGUGCAGGCUGGGGAGAGAGCAGCAAGGGAGAUACUGUGCAAGAUGGGAAAGAUCUCAGAGAGUGAAAUCUGGAAGUCUGAACCAGAGUCAAAGGAUGUCCCAGCCCUGCCAAUCACUACUACCUUUUGGGAGAGGAACCUGCCAUCUCUACCAGGACUACUGAUGCUAGUUGGAGUUUUCACACCCAUGGCUGCUCUUGGGCUGUUUGCUUACAAAAAGGGGCUGCUAUUUCGAAACUGAAGAAACUACCCACGUGAAGCUGUACACUUGCUGUUUUUCCUCCACAGUAUGAGUUAGAUAUGGAAAGAAGUCACAUGAAGGGGCAAAGGACAUUUCUCUUCAGACGGUCUGCUAAGUACUUUAAUUAACACAGUCGAUUUAAAGCAGGAUUAGUAAAUCUAAAUAGAACAAUUGUGGUGAAAGAUGGGGAGUUUUCAUUUUCCUUCCGCAUUAAUUUGUCUUGAUUGACAAUCUGUAAUAAGUGGUGCAUAUUUACUAACGUCUCUAGGGGAAAAUCCAGAGAAGAGACUCUGCAAACUGCAAAAUACCUUUGGAUAAUACAUUUAUCUCCAUUUGGUAUUUUAUUUUUUUUAACACAUCAUUAAUAAAUCCAUACUUUUUUUAACCCACCUCUCUGUAGCAGCUCAGUAAAUUAGAGGGCUGUUCUGGAAUAUUCCUGUUGCUCUAAAAUACAAAGAUCCCAUUUCCAUUUAGAAUUGUCAUCAGGAUUUAAAAAUCAAGUCUCCUCCAGCUCAGUGCAACAGGGAAAAAAAAGACAAGUCAACUUUAUUAUGACCGUGAAUGUUACUGAACAAAUGGUCAAGCAUCUUGCCCAACACAGAAAUGUCUUGGUCAUUUGCUUUGGAACACUCCCAAAUAUUGGAUUUCUGUUACCUUCUGUACCAAAAGCACUUGUUCUUGCCGUGCCAUUUGCUAUUAAAACUGAUAAAACAAUUAGAAAUGUGAAAGACCACCUAACUUACCAUAGAUACUAAAUGUGUUUUUUCAGAACAUCAGACGCUUGUCUCCCCCUUUAAUUUGCUGUCCCUCCUUUUACUUGAACUCUGUACAAACUUUUUUUUUUUAAUAAAAGGAAAUACAUUUGAGAUUUCAAAUACUGCCUUGGAAAUUACAGUAAUUGGAUGCAUCUGUCUCUCUCGUAUACCCAAGACACUUGUAUCCUCUUUGCUCUUGGAACCUUACAAAUAUAUUGUUGCUUUUCAAAAUGGAAUAGCUUUCAGUGUGUUAAUUUAGACAGAAUAGUUUAAAUGUAUUAAAAGCCUCAUCCUGCACUAGAGAAGCCAAUGAGACUUUUGCCAAAUGCACCAAAGGCUGAAAAGCACCAUGGUUGUCAUGGUUAUUUUAUCUGCAGAACAGAAAACUGAGGGGGUAUUUGAUUGCAGUCAUCAAAUAUGUGAAGGGCAACUAUAGAGAAUAGGGACUGAAUUUUCUCUGUGGUCAUAGAGGACAGGAAUAGGAGCAAAAGCCUCAGAUGGCAGCAGAGGAAGUUUAGAUUGGAGAUUGGGAGGAACUUUCUGACUAUGUGGGUGGUCAAGCAUUGGAAUGGGCUCCCUAGAGAAGUAGUAUUCCCUGUAGAAAUGUCCAUUCUCGGCAAUUUGCAGAAGCAAGCUGGACAGACAUUUGGCUGGGAUGGUUUAAUUGGGAAUGAUCCUGCCAUGAGCAAGAAGCUGCACUAGACCUCAUGAGGUCUUUUCUAGCUCUACUUUCCCAUGAUCCUGUGAUCAACAAGAUGAGCUGUAGGCCCUACGUGAAUGUAAAGCAGCAUCUCUUGGCAAAUCCAAAUCAAAAGGCUUUGUCCUCUUAACACCAGGAGAGACAAAAACCUCUGUGCUGUCUUCUGCAGUUCUCUCAUGGUAAAUGAGGAGCUAAGAGAAUCAAGAAUGCAUCCAUCGAUAAAUAAAUUAGGUGUGUACAACUUGAUGAAUUUUCUACAGGUCUUCGGUUGUGUUUCAUGUUGCCAGGUUCUCCACAAAUAUUUGUAUAGGAGGAUGGAAUGAUAUGAAUCAACUAAUCACGUUAUUAUGAAUGGAAGAAAGAGUGUAUAUGUUUCAAAAUGUGCCAUUAUUAGUCAUCCCUUUUGUUCAGUAUGUUUGUCCUAGAAUUCCAUUGUGAUUCAACCUGAGUGAAAUAUGCCUUUAAAGAGUCCUUAAAUCUUGA